AUGCCGCAAUGCCCGCCAGUUGGAGUCAUUGUGAUUCUCACGACCAAAGGGACCGGCUGUCGCUGUUACCGCCGUUACCGUUGCCAUCCCACGAGGGAACGCUACCGCUUGAUCGCCGUCGAGCCGUUGAUGGAUGGCAAACCCUGCAAUGGCACGCUCAAAGAGAUCCGUCCCUGCACCAUCGCGGUGGACUGUGUCAUUAGCCCUUGGACACCUUGGGAUCAGUGCGACAAGUCCUGCGAUGGCGGUCAGAAACAACGGCAGCGCCAGGUUGAGCUGAAUCCCAAGCAUGGUGGCAAGCCAUGUCCUCUUGGACUGAUUGAGACGACUGGAUGCAACAGAGAGCCGUGUGAUGACAAGGAGGUGAAUUGCAAGGUGAGCAUUUGGAGCGUGUGGUCGAGAUGUAGCGCUUCUUGUGGUCCUGGAGUCAAGGAGAGAAGUCGCACGGUGACCAACAGGUUGAGUCACUGCGGGGCAGGCUGCGUGGGAAAUCUGACACAGGUGGAACCCUGCUACUUGGAACACUGUGGAGGAUGCGAUCCCUGUGCUUGGGGCGACUGGCGCGAAUGGAGCGAGUGCGAUGUACACUGUGGUGGUGGUCAACGGGUGCGUCUACGGAACAUCACCACGUGGCCGUCACCUGGAUGUCCUCCAUGUGAGGCGAUGAACAAGGAAGAGUUGGGCAGCUGCAAUGUGGAUCCGUGCCCUGAGAGUGAGUUAUGUGUGGACGGAGCAUGGGCGUCCUGGAAUGACUGGGAGGCGUGCUCCACCUCUUGCGAGGGUGGCAUGCGAUGGCGCGUGCGGCACGUGUUGAGACCGGCCACGUCCUGUGGCCAAGAGCCCAGCGGAGACUCUCGAGAAGAAGAAGAGUGCAACAAGGGCGUGCCCUGCAAAGCAAGCCAGGACUGCGAACUCAGCGCCUGGAGCGUCUGGUCCGAUUGCAGUGCUUCCUGUCAUGGUAUCAAGAAGCGAGAACGUUCUGUGUUGCAGCAUGGAUAUGGUGUGGGCAAGUACUGCGAAGGCAUCCUGGAAGAAGCGUUUCCCUGUGCGCUGGGAAUCUCCAGAAGUUUGGAAGAUUGGUCCAGCACGCACUUGUACCUGAACCUGGGGACCGUCUAUGCCAACAAUCUGGGCGGCCAGGGGCCGGACUUUCAGGCUGAGCAGUCCUUGCGCUUCAAGAAUGCGGCAGCGGACAACGCCCAGUCGGUGGAUCUGCGGAUCACCGUGGCCGAGGAGAGCGACUACCGGCCCGAGAAGGGAGCAGAGAACAAUGGAUUGGCCGGACAGUUUGGAAACAUCUUCGUGGGGCGCGAUUCCGAAGUGGUGGUCGACUUUGAAUUGGUCGACUCGGAAACCAAUGACCCUAUGGCACCAGAAGACUUGGUCCUGAAAUUCUUCGACAGUGACAGCGGAGUGGAAGGAAGUGACAUUUCCACUUACUCAAUCACUGCGGUGGACGAGUGCGAGGAAUUCUACAAUACACCAGAUAGUGUGUUCAAGGUGAAGGGAAGCUGUGCCGAGCCUGGCCUUACAGAGUUCGAGAAACCUUUCAUCUCAGAUCCCUGGUGCGACACCGGGGGCUAUGAAGUCAUGGAUCUGGGACGUGUCAUCAAUAGCAACUUGAUGGGCAAGGGCCCAGAUCAUCAAGGAAAGCCGGAGUUGCGUUUUGAAAACGUCCUCUCCUUAGAGGGUUCACCCGUGGAUUUGGUGAUCGAGGUGGUCACUGGUGACUACGAACCAGGAGAUCCCCAGGCGAAUGGUAAGUUUGGCGGACGCACCCGGUACAACAAAGGCGCUGCGAUGGGUGCGAUCAGCCUUGCCACCGGGACAAUGACCAAGUUCAAGGCCAGCUUUAAGCGCUCCGAUGGCUUUGCUGUCUACGUGCCCAAGCUGAACUUUACAUUUUGGGACAUUGACAUGCCACAUGACAACUUGAGAGAGCGUGUGGUGGUGGUUGGUUACAAGAAAUUCUACACGCUGGACCAAAACGGUCAAGAAACCCAAGGCAACUCGGUGGCCUAUAUGCAGAAGCCGGGCGGCGGAGAGUUCUCGGCCGGUCGGCUUCAAGUGCCCGAACCCAUGGAUCCAGAGAGUCCCACCAGAGACCAACGAGACGCGGCUGUGACCUUCUUCUUUGAGAAUGUGGCAGAGUUUUUCUUCGAAUUGGAGGUCACUUGGAUUGGCCAAAGUACAGACGAAACUGAUGCUGAAAAAUCUCAGCUCUUCUUCUUCUCUGCUACCGCCCGGAAACUCGUCGCUGCCAUCGGCGUGACGAUUCAUGGCUAUGCCAAUGCCAUUCGCGAGUGUGGACAGCAACUGAGAUGGGAAAAGGCCAUCACACUUCUGACCAAACUCGAAAAGAGAAAUUUGCAACCAGAUUCUCUGCCCUAUGCCUCUGCGGUGGGUGCAUGUGCCUUUGCCGCUCAAUGGCGAAGCGCGCUGGAACUCCUGGAAGAGAUGACGGAGCGACGCUUGCCGGCGAUUGCGGCGUAUAACGCGGCCAUCAUGGCAUGUCAGCGAGCCUCCAUGUUCGAUCAAGCCUUGCAGUUGUUUGAGGACAUUGGAGAGGUUGGAUUGGAUCCAGAUCGACGCUCCUAUGAGGCGAUAGUUGAGGCUUGCGUCGAGGCGAAGGAAUGGGAAUGGGCCUUGAGUUUCCUCAGUGACUUCAAAGCAAAGGACGGAAUGGAAGCAGUCUUUCCCAUGCACGUGCUGGAUAUUCAGGUGCUGUCCGCCUAUGAAGGCGUUGCCACCUGGCGCGCGGCUCUGCAGUGGAUCUCGGACCAAGCGGAGCCAGCGGACCAAGCGGAGCUGGAGGAGAAGGUCUGUGCAUUUCUUCGCUGUUGCCGGGGAUCUGCCUGGCCCUGGGGUUUGUCUGUGCUUUCAUCGUUGCAGAGUCAAAGAUUGACACCAACCACGUGGAUGUACAAUGAGAUUCUGGAUGCGCGAAUGGCUUCAGAUGAUGCUCCAGUGAGUUCUGAAAUUUCUGAUCGCCGUGGAUCAAGCCAUAGCAUCCCCCCCUCGCCGUCGGGCAGUGGCGUCGCGGGGCAAAUGGCCGCCUGGCGCGUCCUGUUGGAUGAAGCGAGGGUCGAGAUGUGGACGACCGGGACGACACGUCGGGUGCACCCAGGUGACCUGGCAAAGUUCUUUUUGUCACCCAGCAUGACCUCAAAGAUCGCCAAAUUCGCGAAGCGUUCGUGGCAACUGGGAUUUGCCCUGGUCAGACAUGCGGAGCAGAUGAUGUUGCAGAGCAACGUGGUGGUCUUCACCAGUCUGGUCGCCUCACUGCCUUUUGGUCUCUGGCAGCGAGGCAUCAACGUUUGGAGCCGCGCCGGAGCCCAGCAGUUGAGAGCUGAUGAGGUUCUGUUCAAUUCGCUGAUCUACAACUGUGGCCGUGUGUCGGCAUGGCCAAGCUCAAUAAGCUUGGCUUCAACCAUGGACACAAUGACCGACAUAAUGCCAGAUGUCUUCACACACAACUCAGUCCUCAACUCUUUUGAGCUGCAAGGCAAAUGGCCAGAAGCUUCUGAGUUUCUCAGUGAACUCCAAGGAAAAAAAAUGGAGACUGAUGUGGUGUCCUACAACACGACUCUCAGUGCCUGUGGCAGAGGCUUCUGGCAACAAGCCUUGAUGCUGCUGCAACGGCUGAAAGCGAGUUCCUUUCAAGGCAACCGGGUGACCUACACAGCUGCCAUGAGCGCAUGUGAAAAGAAUGGCAGGUGGCAGGAGGCUCUGGCAUUGUUGAGCGAGUUGGAAGGUCUCAAUGAAGAAAGCGAUGUAAUUCUCUACAGCACCGCGAUCAGUGCCUGUGAAAAGGCAUAUCACUGGCAGGCAGCUGUGAGUUUGCUCUUUGGCUUAAAAAGCAAAAGUCUGCAAACAGAUCUAAUUGCUUAUAGUGCAGCUAUCAGUGCCUGUGAGAAAUGCAAAGAGUGGCAGUACGCCUUGCUCUUGUUCCAGGAUCUACAAGAGCAACGAAUGAAUUUGGAUGUGAUCAUCUUCAAUGCCGUCAUCAGCGCCUGCGAGAACGGCAAGAAGUGGCAGGAAGCGCUUCGCUUCCUGUUGGACGCCGAAGAACAGCUGAAAACCACGAGAACGUCCCACAAUGUGGCAAUCAGCGCCUGCGAAAAAGGAGGGGCUUGGGAAUGGGCACUUUGUUUGGCCGAGAAAAUGCAAAUCUUGCAGCUGAAGCUGGAUGUUUGCACAUACAGUGCGCUAAUCACCGCUUGUGACAAAAUGGGCGAGUCAGAGCAAGCAAACCUGCUGGUGGAGCAUCUUAUGGCGUCGCGAUUGAAGUGUGACAUCGUGACCUGUGACGUCUCUCUGAGAGCCCUGAAGAAUGGGCCGAGUCCGUCGGCGGCCAACCGAGCCCGACGAGCGUUGGCUCUGCUGUCGGAUGUGCGGCAGAGCCUGUCGGAGCUCGCCUGCUCUGGCACUCUGCCCGAUGGAUUUGUGGGCUAUGAGUCCAGACGUUUGCAAGUCUUCAACGUUCCAUGGCUCCCGCAGGCCCCAGUCAACAAUGUGGUGCACGAGGCCCAACAGGUCGUCGGGAGCAAUGUGAUGCACCAGGUGCAGAAGCAGAUUCACCACGCCAUCAAAGACACCGGCGUUGCUGCGGCACCGGCACCGGAACCGGCAGCGUCGCUGGAGGAGACACGGGCGAAGAGAGCUGAGGCGCUACAGAACCAAGAAGUCGUGGUGUACAAGACCUCUCCUUCGAACAGUAUUUGUCCAGAACUCCCUCGACCCAUCGCAGAUUGGGCUCCGAUGAAUCCGCUGCCUCAAAAGGAGAAGGAAGCCAUCGCCAUUCGUUUUGAACGACAGUCCAGGGUCCGCCUUAGACUGAAGACUGGGAAGGAAGGCUGCGGCCACAACUUCCUUUUUGCAGUAAAGGCAUGUUUGUCUGGACACUGUGACCCAUGCGCGAUUGGCAGCACUUGCGUCUUUAAGAGCUGGGAGGAGUGGGGAAGCUGUACGGAAGCUUGUGAAGGUGGAGUCGAGGAACGGAAACGAGGGGUGAUGGAGGGUUCGGCCAGUUCUCACGGCGCCGGCUGCGAUGGCGCUCUGGUGGCAGUUAGAUCUUGCAAUACGCAAUCCUGCAACCAGAACUGCCAGCCGGUGAACUGCAAGUGGGCCAAGUGGGGCCAAUGGAGCGCCUGUAGCAAAUGCGCUGGUCAGAAGACCCGCUCGCGCAGAGUGGCCAGGACCCCCGAGUGUGGCGGUCGGCGCUGCGAGGCCGGCAACGCUGAAGAAGUGGCCAAGUGCCCCAGAAAUUGUCUGGGAGAGCCCAUAUGUGAGUGGUCGGACUGGUCUGCAUUCAGCCCUUGUUCAGUGAGCUGCGGAUGUGGGCGCAAAAAGCGCACACGACGUUUGCAGAAAGUGAUCCAUGCCCCGCGGGAACUGACCGCAGCGUAUGAGAAACUUGAAAGACUAGAUGGCCAUGUGCAAAACUUGGAGAAUCAGCGAUGGAAGGUUCGAAUCUUAGCCUUCCUGGCUGGACCUUCGUUGAUGUUCUUGGCCUUUGCUAUGCUGAGGCUUUGGUCCCGACAUCCACAGGCCACCGACGCUCCAUCCUCGCCGGAUCCGGAACGUGCUGGUCUUGUCGAAAUGUCUGCGGACACAAACAGCAGACACUUAAACUUCGAUCCACUGUGA